CGAGGAGUCAGCAGACUUGACUAAAUUUCAUGAUGCGUGGAGAAUUUUUAGGAUAUUUGGAAAGUGGCAUACAGCAUACUUCACAGUAUCAGCUGUAGACUUGGGAAUCCAACUAAUUAAAAAAAUAUACUCGACUAUUUGAUCUACCAAAAGAACGGCAGAAACCAUCAGAUAAUUUUGAUAAGAAGUGACGUCAUUUACUCUGAUAAGAAAAAGAAAAAAACGUCAUCUGAUUCUAUAACGCCAAGUAAUUCGAAAACGAAGAAACAAAAGCUGAUUUAAAAUGGGUCGAAAAAAGAUACGCAUUUCAAAGAUUACCGACGACCGCAAUAGACAGGUGACGUUCACUAAACGGAAGUUCGGGCUAAUGAAGAAGGCUUACGAGUUGAGUGUCCUUUGUAACUGUGAGAUUGCGCUGAUUAUCUUCAACAAUACCAACAAACUGUUCCAGUAUGCUAGCACAGAUAUGGAUAAAGUAUUGCUGAAAUACACUGAAUAUAGUGAACCGCAUGAAAGCAGGACAAAUAAUGAUAUUGCAGCGGCAAUCUUCAGAAAAGAACACAAAAACGCAAACAACGAAUGCAGUAGCCCUGACAUUGAUUUUGAUGAAACUUCUUUUCCCCUGCUUAAAGAUACCAGAUAUGAUCAAUUAAAGGAAGAUUUAAGUCCAAUGAUAUCCCGAAGUCCAAAUGCACAAACAAACAGACAGACAAAUUUGCGUCCAAUGGCACAGCUACAGGUGGGUUCAGCUCCUCUCAGCCACCCUGUGCACAACACAAACAACCAUUGUCAAAUUAUGCAGCUGUCACCACAAGUGUCACCCCAAGCAACACAUAGUCCCCACUUCAGUCCUGUAGAUAAUAUUUUAGAAGAUCCUCGGUUAACUCCGCAAGAAUAUCAUCAUUCUUCUAAUGACAUCAAUAUGGCUAUGAGAAACAGUUCACCUAGUGAAUUCAGUAGCAAACAUCAAGGGUCUUUUUGCAGGCAACAACUCUCUCAUACUCAAAAUGAAAAACAGUCAAAUGGCCAAUUUAUGAUUUCCAAUGCAAGUGGACAAGUUGGUAACACAAUGCCUCAAAACAUGAUCAAUUCACCCAUUACUUCCUUACCAAUGAUGUCACAAAUGUGUGGAGUUGGCAAUUAUCCUUCCAACAGUUCUUCUUCGUUUCAUUCAGAUAAUUUCCAGCUUAGUUCCGAGUUGAAUCUCCUAGGUUACCAUUCACCUAGUCCAGUCAACAGCUGGUCGCUAGGAGAUCAGAGACUACUGUCCCCACUCAGUGCCACCAAAAACCCUCAUGUAUUAAACAAUGGACCACAUCAUCUUUCUGUCAGUAAUACAUCUCCAACUCCAUCUAACUCGCCUCAUGAUGUAAGGAUUAAAAACGAACCUGUUUCACCUCCUCAUGACAUCACGUCUUCUUUAAUACCAGAUCAACGUUUGUCAGGUGAUCAAUUCAGCAUUGCCUCUUGUUCACCAGCUUUUGGAUGUGGACAGUUUGAAAUGAUAUCAAUUAAAAGACCUCGUCUCUCUCUUGAUGUGUGGGCUAUGUAGUUCCAAGUGUCAAGGGAUCAGUUCUAUAUUACUACUUCUUCAACAGAAAAACUGUGAUCCUUUAGUCAUGCCAUAACGAAAUAAAUAUGUUUAAUUUAAGGAAUGUUCUCGGUCAACAAGUGGCAUGCUAAAAAGUUUUAUUUUUCCAACUUUUGAUUAACUGUUUCUCGUGACGUAUAUCACAGAAAAGAAAUGAAAACUGAACUGUGUAUUGAACGGUUUGAGUAUAAGUUGGUCAUAACUGUGAGGAGAAACGAUAACUUAAAGUUACUCAUUUAUUGAGACGUGUUUUUCAGAUGGCUCUGCGUGAGUCAAUCGUCCUUUUUGAUAUCACUAUCUCCAUAAAAUUACUUAACAUAUCAAACAAUGAAACUGAAGAUUAAGACGUUUGAUAACUUCGAUGAAGAUCUAUAUACCUUUUUGAAUCGCCAACAUUUGCACUAAAAAUCCUUAUAUUAUUUUCUUUUUAUAUUCUAAUUCAAUCAAUGAAUCAUGUGGAACGCUUAGUGAGAAUAAUAAAAACUCAAAAUGAAUGUCUAUAAAAUAAGACGUUUCAGUCAGUAGCUGUUUAUUUCAUAUUUUUCAAACGAGUUUAAACUUAUAAUCAGUAAGCACAUGUGAUUAACGUAAAUACACUGUUUGGCUCAAAAACAGUUAUAAAGCUCAUUACAGUAUUCUAGCUAAGCAUUUCACGUGUAACGUGUAAAUUUAAUAGUAGCUAAACUGAAUAAUCUGUUUAACAAGAAUGUGCAUUAUAAUUUAAGAAUAUUCUAAUACAUGUGUUUUUUACUUCAGACUGGUAAUUGUUCAGAGAGUUGUGAGCACACUUCACACAUGCUGUUUUUACUGCAGUGCAAUAACUGUUGAGUGUUACGAGCACAUCUACACCUGUACAUAUUCAUGCCGCACACGUGUGAUAACCUCCCAGUGGUUUUACUAACCAAUUUAUUUACUGUUAAACAUUCGUCAGUGAGAUUCUGAAUAAUACUCACUGCUUAAAAAUGUACGUACAUAAUUGUUAUUCUUUCUUGUUUGCAUAAAUAAAUCUUGCGAUUUAGAGGAAAACAAAAGUUAAUAAAAGCACCUUGUUUAAAAGUUCAAUUUUAUUCCUUCUGCUUUGCCCAUGUUAAAAUUGUAGUUGUUGUGCAACUUGAAAGUAAUUUACUGUCAGUUCUUGCGCAAUUUUAUUUUUACGAAAACACACAAAUAUCGUUAUCGUAAUGUAAAAGAUUUCUAGCAGGAUGAGAUCUGCUUUGCAUUUUAAAAUAUAAUACACAACAUUCAAGUGUAUUAUUGCAAAUUUUUAAAAUUAUAAGUUUUAAAACAAUGUAUUGAAGCUAUUGUUCUGUUAUUUACUAUUGUUAAGGUCAAAUCAUAAAUAUUUCUUCCUCAUAAAUAUAAACAUGGCACGAUAUAAAGCUUUGUGGAAAAAAACUCGGGUAUUAUGUAUGUUAGAGGGAACAGUUUCAAAUAGUCUUUGAGUUUUCGUCACCGAAUAAUUCAAGUGCAUUUAAAUUUUUACUGUUAAUUAUUCAGAAAAUACAAAAUGACGGAAUGUAUUUUUGGUUCAACAGCUUAAAUUAGAUUAUUAGUAAUAUCUUGUACAAUUAUUCCUUCAAAUCGAUAUGAAAUAAGUGAUUGAUUAGAAAUGUCAAACCAAGAGAUGAUGCAGUAUUUUUUAAUAUAGUCUGUAUUUGGUUUGCAAAAAUCAGAGCUGCAAAUUUUCAGUAUUUAUUGUUCUCUUACAUCUUUGUGCUUGGAAUUAUUUACAAGCAAAAGAUAAUACAAGUGACUACGUUGUUAUUUAAAACCAAUGUACAUAUUUCAAAUAUUAUUUUCUUUCAAUCGUUCUCAUCUUUGUUUAUUCUAUGUUGGUUUUUGA